AUGGCUUUCUCAGUUGAUCUUCCGACCAAUAAUUUCUCACUUGAAUAUUCUCCAAUUGCGUUUCUAUCUAUCUAUCUAUCUAUCUAUCUAUCUAUCUAUCUAUCUAUCUAUCUAUCUAUCUCUCUGACUAUUCCUAUCAUAUCUAUUCUGUUUGUCUAUUCAUAUCUAUCUAUCUAUCACAUGUAUUCGUAUCUAUCUAUCUAUCUACCUAUCUAUCUAUCUAUCUAUCUAUCUAUUCUUGCCUAUCUGUCUGUCUAUUCGUGCCUAUCUAUCUAUCUGUUCGUGCUUAUCAAUCUAUCGAUCGAUCGAUCAAUCUCAGUCUAUUCGUAUCUAUCUAUCUAUCUAUCUAUCUAUCUAUCUAUCUAUCUGUCUGUCUGUUCGUGCCUAUCUAUCUAUCUAUCUCGGUUUUAUUUAUUCAUUAUUUGCUUCUCUCUCUUUCUCUCUCUCUCUCUUUCUCUCUCUCUCCCCCUCUCUCUCUCUCUCCCCCUCUCUCUCUCUCUCUGCUUUGCUGCUUUUUUAUUCCUAUAUAUACAUAUACGUAUUUUUUUUUAA